UUUAUUUUGGUAAAUUCUGAUACAAAUAAAAAUAAUUUGUCAGUAAAUAGAAAUGUCUUACAUUGCACCAGUUGGUGGCUGUGUUGUGCCACUGUGACGACGUAAAACCGAAAUAAGACGAGCUGCUUUACGACAAUCUGUUCAAAUUCACAAGCGGGACCGGUUGUUAGCUAAACUGUGUGAAAACUGAAAAACAUGGAAUUUAAUGAGAUCACUUUAAUCCAACGUGAGGACGAAACAAAGCUGGGUUCAGCAGAAGAGCUCACAACGCGGAUGACCCUCCACUGCCAGCAAUGUAACCGCGUUCUGUCGGAUUCGUUCAGUAUCUGUGGAGAGGUUAAAUGUAUGGACUCCGUCAUGUGUUUAAAAGUAACAAAUGAUGUGGUUGUUAGUGAGUUGAUGGAGGUAGGACAUAAAGGAGACAUGGCGAAUUGCAUCUACAGCUCUCUGGAAUGUCGCGGCUGCUGCUCUGCUGUGGGGAAAGUAGUUCACUCAGCUCCGUCGCGUUUGGCGGCGGUUCGCUCCAUCUUUCUCCUCUACAAAGCAAACAUCAGCUGUUACAUCUUAAACAGCCGCUCGAUGGUGAAAGCAUCCACACUCACAUUCAAGAUGAAGCCCCUCACAAAAAGCCUCGAUGAGGUGAAACAACAGUUUAAGGCUCAGCUGGAUCACAUGUCUCUUGUCAAGAGCAGACUGGCUGACAGGAGUCUGACAAGCGAAUUUAACAAGUAGUUGGAUGGAUGCAGCUUUUCCUGGGAUUGGACACCAUGUGUUCUCCAGUCUGCUGUAAACUAGUUUGUGUUGGAUGCAUUAUUGUGUUUUCCUUAAGUGGUUUGUCCCUGCAGCCCGUGAACAAAUCUUUUCUUUUUAUUCGUUUUGCUCAGUGUUUGCAGACGUAUUCUCGAGAUCGUUGUUUAGUAGGAAUCUAACUGUACCUGCAGUGGGUUUAGAAGAUUCUGGUGGGUAAUUAACUUAAAGUGAGAUGUUGGUCUCAAUGUAUGUUCUAUCUGCUCUAACAGAACUGGAGAUUUCUGCCUGAACAUAUUGUCUGUUGUUGUCAAGCUUCUCAAAUCCAAGUGCAACUUUACACGCACCAGUUAGAAGCAUCGAUAAUAUUUUGUUGACUUUAGUGACUUUUUGUGCCACAAA